GAUAGAAAGUAUGUCUGUAUAGCUAAAGAUGUAGAUGUGGAUGACGUUGCUAAUUUUAUGGCGUAUCGUUGGAAAAAACGGACUCCUAAAAUUAUCCUGUCUAUUGUCAAUAAUAAUAAAUAUUUUAAACCAUGGAAAAACGAGUCACAUAUAGAAGAUUUUCAACGUGGUUUGAUUGAGGCUGCCAAUUUAACGGAGAUGUGGUUACUGACAGACGGACUAGACAGUGGAAUUUCAAAAUAUAUCGGAAACGCUGUGGGUGAGGAGAUGGCGAGACGUACCAGUAUUGAGAAGGAUUAUCUACAUAUUAAAAACGCCUGGGUAGAGGAAAAGUUGUCUAAAUUGACAGUACUGGGCGUUGUUUCUAAAUCAGAAAUUUCUUACGGUAGUUAUCUGGAUGGAAAGACACCUAGAUUAUUUAUAGAGCAUUCGGAUGCCAAGUCUAUAGAAAACGUUGGUCAGAAACCUCACGUUGAUCGUUACGAGUUAAAUCCAGACCACACUCAUUUUGUCAUGGUAGAGGAUGUCACCCGGCAAGAGUUAUUAAGUCUUAGAUAUAAUCUAGAAAUUAGAUUCACCCAUCCUGUGGGGCGAGCGAGGCGAUAUCGACGCAUGCCUUCAAGUCAUACCACAAUACCGGGAAGUGAACCAGACGUCAAUGAUGUUUUAGAUAAAGAGUAUGAUGAAUCUCUGACACCUGUUAUUGGUCUAUUUAUUCAGGGCGGACCAUCUGAAAUUGAUCAUUGUAUCUGGCUAUUAAAGAAACGGGUGCCGAUAAUUUUAAUAAAAGGAGCCGGACUGGCAGCUGAUCUCGUGGCUUUCGCGUACGAAGAAAGUCAAGAAAGGUCUGAUAAAGAUCAUUAUGAAAGUUUUAUAAAACCAGAAUUAGUAAAAAAAGUCAUGACAACAUUUCCUCAGGAUUUUAGAAAUAAUGAACUGGCUAGAAAUCAGUGUCGAGAUAGAAUUUUAGAAUGUGUCGAGUUCGCUAAUCAGGGUGAACAAUGUUAUUUAACUAUAAUUGAUCCGAGUGCUGGAGGAGAUCUCAGUAACCUGAGUAAAUAUAUUCUCAACGCUUUAUUUAAAUCUCAACCUAGAAGAGGUGGACCACAUAUUCGAGAUCAGAUUCAACGUGACCUUCAACUGACCCUCGACUGGAACAGAUGUGACCUGGCUAAAUCUAAAAUUUUUCAAAAAUACAAUCGGAAAAUUAAGGUAGAAGACUAUAUAUUUCAUCAAGCCUUACAACGUAAUAACCGAGAAGAAUUCGUAGAACUGUUUUUAGAGAAGGGAUUUCAAGUUCAUCGUUUUUUAAAUCAUAAACGUCUCCAUCAUCUAUUUGAGAAUUGUCAAGAUCGGGAUUUCUUCGUUGGUGUGUGUAUGGAAGGAGUUCUCGGAAAAUCUGUGAAUCUGAACUCAGUGGUAACGAAACAGUUUGUAGAAGAUGAUAUGUGUGAUUUAAAUCAUUUAUUAUUUCGAUGUACCAGACUACAGAAACUUGUUAGUCCGUACGAACUGUCGAUGAAUUCUCUGGGAGAUUAUAUCUCUAAUAAAGAAGUUGCUGAAAGAAGGGCUUUAAAUGCCUUGUUAUUUUGGGCCACCCUGACCAAUCGUCAUAAACUAGCCAAGGUUAUCUGGAAGAGAACAGAAGAUCCAAUGACCAUGGCUAUUAUUAUCUCUAUGAUUUUAAAUAAUCUUUCUAAAUAUUGGUGUAAAGAUAUCGACAUUAAACGCAAAAUCAAGGUCAAUGCUGAGUAA